GGCCAUUUUUGCCAUUGUUCUCAUGCCCUUGCAGGUAUGAGCCAGAGCGAGACGAGUGGCACUUGGUGGCCCCAAUGCUGACACGAAGGAUCGGGGUGGGCGUGGCCGUCCUGAAUCGUCUGCUUUACGCCGUCGGGGGAUUUGAUGGGACAAACCGCCUUAAUUCAGCUGAGUGCUACUACCUAGAGAGGAACGAGUGGCGAAUGAUCACACCCAUGAACACCAUCCGGAGCGGGGCAGGCGUCUGCGUCCUGCACAACUGUAUCUAUGCUGCCGGGGGCUACGAUGGUCAGGAUCAGCUGAACAGUGUGGAGCGGUAUGACGUGGAAACAGAGAUGUGGACAUUCGUAGCCCCCAUGAAGCACCGGCGAAGUGCCCUGGGAAUCACUGUGCACCAGGGGAGAAUCUACGUCCUUGGUGAGGCCCUGGGGGCGGGGAAGAGUCCUGACUAGCCUCAUCUCUUGUGG